UCUUGAAGGUGAAGAAAAGAGUGAAAACAUUUUCUCCUGAUAUUCUAUGAUUAUUUGAAGCUUCUCACAUGAAAAUAAUUUUCCAACAGGCUUCGUAUCCAAGAAUAUUUUCUUGUGUAAUAGCACCAAUUUUUCAUGUUUAUUUGCUCUGAACACCAGUUAGCGGAAGUGUCUUCUUUUUCUCCUCUGCAAGCUGGUGAGUUAAACCUACAUACUGAACAAAACCGUCAAUACAUUGUGAUUAAUACUUUUCACCGAUUACGAUGUGUGGUUAUCUGUAUAGAAGGCUAGUACUUGCGCAAGUUUUACCAAAUAUUUACAGUUGUGUUGUGAAAAAUUUAGGCACUAAUCAUGUGGAUUUGUGUUUGAGUUUGUUUCCCACUAUCAUUAGAUCAUUCUCCACUGAAAUCGAACAAGUUAGAGACGAUUACUUAUUUACUGUGUCAUACCUCAUAAACUCAUGUGGGUUAUCCCCAGAAAUAGCAAAAUCUUUCUCCAAAAGAAUCAAGCUUCAAUCUGCUGAACGACCAGAUUCGGUCCUGAAAGUUCUAAGAAACUGGGGAUUUACGACUUCCCAUAUAACCAAACUUGUUAGAAUGCGCCCUAGUUUACUUUUAGCCGAGCCGGAGAGGUCAAUUUUACCUAAAUUUGAGUUUUUCACAUCUUUGGGGAUCACAGAUGCUGAGCUUGCGAGUGUUUGCUGUUCAUCUCCUGCUAUUUUGAGUUGCAGUUUGGAGAACCUACUCAUUCCUAACUUUAAAUUCCUCAAAAGUGUGCCACUCUCUGAUGCUAAUAUUAUUAAAUCGUUGAGAAACGAAUCAUGGCUCUUUACGUUUGAUUUGGCAAAGAAUGUGUCUCCAAAACUUGCGGUCCUAAAAGAACUUGGAAUGCCUGCACCGUUUAUUGCACUGAUUUUAACAUGUUAUGCGCCUAUAGUCCUCCAAAAACGUGAGAAGUUCGACAAAAAUGUCAAGAAGGUUCUUGAAAUGGGUUUUGAUCCUCGGAAAUGUGGGUUCAUUCAUGCAAUGAAGGUGUUUGCUUCAAUGACUGAAUCAACUUUGGAACAGAAAUUUGACCUUUUCAGGAGGUGCGGGUGGUCUGAUAAGGACAUUAUGUUGGUGUUCAAAAAAUGCCCCAUUUGUAUGAAUGCCUCUGAAAGCAAAAUAAUGAAUGGAAUGGAUUUUCUUGUGAAAAAGAUGGGUUGGCAGUCCACAGAUAUUGCCUUGUUUCCAAAGGUUUUCCUUUUGAGCUUGGAAAAGAGGGUAAUCCCAAGGUGUUUGGUAAUUAAAGUUCUGCAAGCGAAGGGGUUGGUGAAGGAAAAUUUGAGCCUAUGUGCAUGUGUAGACCCUGUUGAGAAGGUAUUCUUGGAUAGGUUUGUGACAAAAUACUUGGACAAGGUUCCUGAAUUGAUGAAUAUCCAUCAAAGGAAGGAAGGCUUUUAG